CGUUUUUAUCCACCUGUCCAUUAUCUGUGGUUCCUUCUCCAUGCCGUGUCAGUGAUUUUUUUACCAAGCCCACGUGUCGGUCAUCGUGAGGUUUGGUUUUUAGUUUAUACCCACUUUGCUUUUUGUUCAGUUUCCCAUACCAAAUUAUGCAUUUCUAUCGUUUUGCAAGCUGUGCGUUUUCCUCUUCCUCUUUCCAUUCUCGCCUUCGGUCGUCCCUUUCAAAUCUCGGUCUGUGUCCUUUUCAGCUCUUCGUUUCUUCACUCAACACCAUAUCAGUGUUUUGUUUGUACAGAGAAGACGGUAACUUGGCUGGUGCACUGUCUGUUUUCAGUCGAGGGUGGCUUAGAAGUGUUGCACUGCUCCAGAUUCCUUUUGUUUAAAACCUCUCAGAAAGCGAUGAUUGUCGUCCUGCGCUCUAGCAACUAUAAAGAACACAGCUUUAGUAAAGAAACAUGCGGUUCAAGGCUCCACAUCGGACAUUGACUACGAGACUACAGCUUAAAAAUUGAACCUGGUGGUAGCUAUGAAAUCACAAAUUUUCGGACCACUAGAAUGAAGGGCCAGUACAAUGUGGUGCCGCAUGAGACUCAGCUUAUAUUCAAUGGUAAAACAAAUUUCAAAAAGCUCUCAAAAUGUGUUUCCACCUAUUCCUCGACACCGGUUUUUCCUACAGGAUUACAACACUCUUUAUCCCCACUUGAACAAAGUUGACAUUCUUACAGAUGUCAUUGGUCAUCUCACUGCAAUACAACAUUUAGAGCCAAAACAGAUUAAUCAAAGGGUAGCAUACAAGUGUGAUAUACACAUUCAAAAUGUCAGAAGGGAACAACUCACUGUUACACUAUGGGGAGACGUCGCUGAAGAAUUUUGUUCUUCAUCUGUCCAAGCACUGCCUCUCCCAAUUGUUGUCAUUUUUACAAGCUUAAAAGUGAAGCUUUAUCUAGAUAAAAUUGUGAUGAACAGUACUGAUUGCUCACUUCUCCUUUUUGAUCCAAACAUCCCAGAAGUUAAUGCAUACAAGUCGGUGUUUGCAAAUUGUAACGAGCCUGUGAAAAUAUUGGCCCCCUUCUCCAGACAAGUAAAUGAGGCCGAAAUUUUACGUACAACCAAGAUGUUCACAAUUGAUGAAGUCGCUUUUCUAGAUCUUGAUUUACACAAGAAUGAUACGUUUUUCUGUAAAGCGUGUGUCAAGUGUUUUGACACACGUUAUCAAUGGUGGUAUAGUGCGUAUGCCAACUGUGUAAAACAAAUGCAUAGACUUGACAACUGGACAGCUGAUCUGCCAAAAGCAUCCAAACCAAAUUCCAACUCCUUGAAUGAAAUCAGGUCAGAUAUCCUCACCCUCCUUGAUUAUUUUUCUCGCUGUUUUUCUGCAGCUGUUAUCCAAAACUUUGUUAGAGUGAUACUUAGCUUAAAUUUUGUGAUGUUAAACAAAAAAUUCCAACCUUUUCUGCUUUCACGUUAUUUAAACAACUUUCAAAUACUAUGUGGUCAACAAUUAAAUCAUUGUUCAAAACAUACUCAUUGCAGCACAUAUUUACCCUUUUUGUACAAAAUUGGUAUAGCUUUUGCACUUUUGACCAUGUUAUCUUCAUUACUUAGUGACUACAAUCUGCUUCUUUUUGUUUACACUUGAGUAUAUGUGAAGACCAUAACCAAUAUGGCUAUCAUAAAUCCAAACUAUUAAUUAACUUAAUAACCAUGAAUUUCGUUGUAGAUUUAAGUUUAAAAACAAACAUUGAUUUUUGUGGUUUUAUCAAUGCUUUCUUCUGUUUUAUAUUUAUUUGUAUAAGUUGAAUUCAAGAUUAUUUUCCCUUAAGCAGUUUUGUUUUUUUUUAAUCUAGGUAUAAAGUCAAUUUGGUUCAUGAGCAUCACACCAAUGAAAUCAAUGCUCUCAUAAUUGGAAAAUCUGGUGAAAAGCUUUUUGGUGUGCCAUGUAAAGAUUUAGUACUGAAUCAAAGAUUAGUUGACCAACAACAGUUACCAAACAAGUUAUUUAAAUAUAGUUUGUUUUAUUUUCUGCAACUAGGUUGUUUUGACAGUGGAGAACCAAAACUUCAUCUGGUGCCCUAAAAAAUAUACAGUAUGGUUCAUCAGCAUAUGUAAAAAACUCUUCCGGAUGUUUUAUGGCAUGCAAAUAACUCUUUUUACUCGAAA